AGGAGAGUCUGGGAGCAAGUUGGGUUGUCCGGUUCCCUCCACGGCCUGGAAGCAGAGAAGCAACUGGGCUGAAGCCUCUCAGCUGCGGCUGCUGCAGGUUCCUUCCCUCCCCAAAAUGAAGCCCACUGGUGCUGCAGGCUGUGAAGUUGGUGGUUGCAAUUUUCUGCUGGUGGGAAGAUUGAAAAAGUCUCCUUCAAGGGAAAGUUGAUUCUUUGGGAAUGGCUUCCAUCCAGAGGUUGUGGCUGCCCCGUCACUGGAAUGAAUUGAAACUUCUGUCCCAAUCCAACCAUUCAGUGUUCGUUUUUUUACUUCCAUGUCUUGCCAAUAAGUCCUCACUUACCACUUCUUCCCUGAGCCUUCAAAGUUACUAUGGCACAGUAGAAGCAGACGUGCACCUGGUCCACAAAAUUUGUGGUAAUCCUAGCACUUGUUCAGGGACCGCACUUCAGCAGUGACUGUGGUUUUGAAGGUGCAGGAAAAGGUGUUGCACCAACUCGGGUUCUGCCAAUAGUUGCACAUUUAUGAUGGUGGCAGCAUUCCACACUCAUGAUCCCUAUUUGUGACCUCCCCAACUAGCUUCUGAUAAGCAAAAUCAGUGGGUAUGCUGGUAGUAAAUUGCAAGCCAAGGUCAUAUGAAAUUGUCUUUAACAACCCAAAAUCAUUUGCUUAACAACUACAGAGGAACAGAUGUAAAUUGGCCUUGUCAUGUGACAUCAUGCUUAAUAAUCAGGCUGCUUAGUGACACAAAUAUCAGUUCCAAUUCUGGUAGGUUAAGUGAGGACUACUUGAACAAGGAUGUCACCAGAGGGGUUGUAGACAGUAUUUUCUGCUCUUAUUUGCAGCUGAAGGACUUCCAUGAGCAAAAGUGGUGCUUCAAAUCUUGCAGAGGCUUUCGGCAUCAUUUCAUCAGUUAAAGCCCCCACAUCUCUAAAGAGUGUCAGAGAUAGCUGAGCCGAGGGAUAGGUCUGCAAUUAUAAAAUCUAUCCCCAGCACUUCAAGAUAUAAUUGAUGAUAAUCCUUUGCAUUGCUAAGAAUUUGUGAUUGACCCAACUGAACAACUGAAUUUGAAUGGAUAUUUGAACAUGGAUCUCAGUAGUCUUCCAUGUAUCAAAUGAAUCAUCAAUAUUUUGUAAUUCGAACAUUGGUGAUACACCAAAGGAAACUCAAAGGAGAGAAACCUUUUGAAUGUCUUAUUUGUGGGAAAAGUUUUUGUGAUAAUUCCAUGCUGGUGAGACACCAGAGUAUUCACGCAGGAGGAGAAACCAUUUGAAUGUCCAGGUUGUGGGAAAGCUUACAGUCGAAAUUCCCAAGUCAUGAACCACCAGAGGACUCACACAGGAGAGAAACCCUUAAAUGUCCUAUCUGUGGGAAAAGCUUUAGUCAUAAUUCCCACCUGAUGAGACACCAGAGAACUCACACAGGAGAGAAACCCUUUGAAUGUUGUUACUGUGGGAAAAGUUUCAGUCAGCAUUCCUACCUUAUAUAUCACCAGAAUACUCACACAGGACAGAAACCUUUUGAAUGUCCAGACUGUGGAAAAGGUUUUAGACAGAAUUCCCACCUCAUGAGACACCAGAGUAUUCACACAGGAGAGAAACCCUUUGAAUGUCUAGAUUGUGGAAAAUGUUUCAGUGAUAAUUCCAGCCUGGUGAACCACCAGAAGAUUCACACAGGAGAGAAACCCUUUGAAUGUCUAGAUUGUGGGAAAAAUUUUAGUUAUAAUUCUAGCCUGGUGAGACACCAUAGAACUCACACAGGAAAGAAACCCUUUGAAUGUCCUGAUUGUGGGAAAGGUUUUAAUGAUAAUUACAGCCUGUUGAAACAUGAAAGGGUUCAUACAGGAGAGAAACCCUUUGAGUGUUGUGACUGUGGGAAAUGUUUUAGUGAUAAUUCCCACCUAGUGAUACAUCAGAGGACUCACACAGGAGAGAAACCCUUUGGAUGUCUUGAUUGUGGGAAACGUUUCAGUCAGAAUUCCCACCUUAUAUAUCACCAGAGUACUCACAUAGGAAAGAAACCCUUUGAAUGUCCUGAUUGUGGGAAAGGUUUUAAUGAUAAUUCCACCCUGUUGAAACAUGAAAGGAUUCAUACAGGAGAGAAACCCUUUGAAUGUUGUGACUGUGGGAAAUGUUUUAGUGAUAAUUCCCACCUAGUGAUACAUCAGAGGACUCACACAGUAGAGAAACCCUUUGAAUGUCCUGAUUGUGGGAAACGUUUUAAUGAUAAUUCCACCCUGUUGAAACAUGAAAGGGUUCAUACAGUAGAGAAACCCUUUGAAUGUUGUGACUGUGGGAAAUGUUUUAGUGAUAAUUCCCACCUAGUGAUACAUCAGAGGACUCACACAGGAGAGAAACCUUUUGAAUGUCCUGACUGUGGAAAAGGUUUUAGUCAGAAUUCCCACCUCAUGAGACACCAGAGUAUUCACACAGGAGAGAAACCUUUUGAAUGUCCUGACUGUGGAAAAGGUUUUAGUCAGAAUUCCCACCUCAUGAGACACCAGAGUAUUCACACAGGAGAGAAACCCUUUGAAUGUCCUAUCUGUGGGAAAAGUUUUAAUGAUAAUUCCAACCUUAUGAGACAUCAGAGUAUUCACACAGGAGAGAAAUCCUUUGAAUGUCCAGAUUGUGGGAAAAGUUUCAGUCAGAAUUCCUACCUGGUAAUACACAAGAGGACUCACACAGGAGAGAAACGCUUUAAAUGUCCAGACUGUGGAAAAGUUUUCAGUCAAAAUUCCGAUCUCAUGAGACACCAGAGUAUUCACACAGGAGAGAAAUCCUUUGAAUGUCCAGAUUGUGGGAAAUGUUUUUGUGAUAACAGCCUUGUGAAACACCAGAAGACUCACACAGGAGAGAAACGCUUUAAAUGUCCUGACUGUGGAAAAGUUUUCAGUCAGAAUUCCAAUCUCAUGAGACAACAGAAGACUCACACCAUGGAGAAAUCUUUCAAAUGUCCAGACAACUGUCUGUUGUUAAUAAAGCCCCCCCUCGUUUGGGAUUUAAUCCUGGGGGAGAGGGCUGACCUGGCAUGCAUAACUGAGAUCUGGCUGGGCCAGGAGGGGGUGUUCCCCUAUCAGAGAUGUGCCCAGAGAGGUUUCAGAUACUGCAUCAGCCGCAACUCCAGGGAAGGAGUGGAGGAGUGGCAGUCAUUGUCCGUAAGAGUUUUUGCCCUCACAGGAUCCCUGCCCCAGAGAUUGUCGGAUCAUGCUGGUGAGACACCAGAGUAUUCACACAGGAAAGAAACCCACAGAUUGUGGGAAAGCUUACAGUCAGGCCGAAGCAAUUCCCAAGUCAUGAACCACCAGAGGGCUCACACAGGAGAGAAACCCUUUGAAUGUCCUAUCUGUGGGAAAAGCUUUAGUCAUAAUUCCCACCUGAUGAGACACCAGAGAACUCACACAGGAGAGAAACCCUUUGAAUGUUGUGACUGUGGGAAAAGUUUCAGUCAGAAUUCCUACCUGGUAAUACACAAGAGGACUCACACAAGAGAGAAACCCUUUGAAUGUCCUAUCUGUGGCAAAAGCUUUAGUAAUAAUUCCCACCUUAUGAGACACCAGAGUAUUCACACAGGAGAGAAACAAUUUGAAUGUUGUGAAUGUGGGAAACAUUUCAGUCAGAAUUCCUGCCUGGUAAUACACCAGAGGACUCACACAGGAGAGAAACCUUUUGAAUGUUGUUACUGUGGGAAAAGUUUCAGUCAGCAUUCCUACCUUAUAUAUCACCAGAAUACUCACACAGGAGAGAAACCUUUUGAAUGUCCAGACUGUGGAAAAGGUUUUAGACAGAAUUCUCACCUCAUGAGACACCAGAGUAUUCACACAGGAGAGAAACCGUUUGAAUGUCUAGAUUGUGGAAAAUGUUUCAGUGAUAAUUCCAGCCUGGUGAACCACCAGAGGACACACACAGGAGAGAAACCCUUUGAAUGUCUAGAUUGUGGGAAAAGUUUUAGUUAUAAUUCUAGCCUGGUGAAACACCAUAGAACUCACACAGGAAAAAAACCCUUUGAAUGUCCUGAUUGUGGGAAACGUUUUAAUGAUAAUUCCACACUGUUGAAACACGAAAGGGUUCAUACAGGAGAGAAACCCUUUGAAUGUUGUGACUGUGGGAAACGUUUUAGUGAUAAUUCCCACCUAGUGAUACAUCAGAGGACUCACACAGGAGAGAAACCCUUUGAAUGUCUUGAUUGUGGGAAACGUUUCAGUCAGAAUUCCCACCUUAUAUAUCACCAGAGUACACACACAGGAGAGAAGCCUUUUGAAUGUCCUGACUGUGGAAAAGGUUUUAGUCAGAAUUCCCACCUCAUGAGACACCAGAGUAUUCACACAGGAGAGAAACCCUUUGAAUGUCCAGAUUGUGGGAAAGCUUACAGUCGAAAUUCCCAACUCAUGAACCACCAGAGGACUCACACAGGAGAGAAACCCUUUGAAUGUCCUAUCUGUGGGAAAAGUUUUAAUGAUAAUUCCAACCUUACGAGACAUCAGAGUAUUCACACAGGAGAGAAAUCCUUUGAAUGUCCAGAUUGUGGGAAAUGUUUUUGUGAUAAUUCCAGCCUGGUGAACCACCAGAGGACUCACACAGAAGAGAAACCCUUUAAAUGUCCUGACUGUGGAAAAGUUUUCAGUCAGAAUUCUAAUCUCAUGAGACACCAGAGGACUCAUACAGGAGAGAAACCCUUUGAAUGUCCUAUCUGUGGGAAAAGUUUUAAUGAUAAUUCCAACCUUAUGAGACAUCAGAGUAUUCACACAGGAGAGAAAUCCUUUGAAUGUCCAGAUUGUGGGAAAUGUUUUUGUGAUAAUUCCAGCCUGGUGAAACACCAGAAGACUCACACAGGAGAGAAACGCUUUAAAUGUCCUGACUGUGGAAAAGUUUUCAGUCAGAAUUCCAAUCUCAUGAGACACCAGAGGACUCACACAGGAGAGAAACCCUUUGAAUGUUGUUACUGUGGGAAAAGUUUCAGUCAGCAUUGCUACCUUAUAUAUCAUCAGAAUACUCACACAGGAGAGAAACCUUUUGAAUGUCCAGACUGUGGAAAAGGUUUUAAUCAGAAUUCCCACCUCAUGAAACACCAGAGGACUCACACAGGAGAGAAACCCUUUGGAUGUCCAGAUUGUGGGAAACGCUUUUCUGAUAAUUCCAGCCUGGUGAAACACCAGAAGACUCACACAGGAGAGAAACCUUUUAAAUGUCUUGACUGUGGAAAAGGUUUCAGUCAGAAUUCCUAUCUCAUGAGACAUCAGAGGACUCAUACAAGAGAGAAACACUUUGAAUGUCGUGACUGUGGAAAGGUUUUCAGUCAGAAUUCCAAUCUCAUGAGACAUCAGAGGAUUCACACAGGAGAGAAACCCUUUGAAUGUCUAGAUUGUGGGAAAAGUUUUUCUGAUAAUUCCAGCCUGGUGAAACACCAGAAGACUCACACAGGAGAGAAACGUUUUAAAUGUCCUGACUGUGGAAAAGUUUUCAGUCAGAAUUCCAAUCUCAUGAGACACCAGAAGACUCACACCAUGGAGAAAUCUUUCAAAUGUCCAGUCUGUGGACAUUACUUCAAACGUAAAUCAUCCCUUAUAGCACACAACGAAAUUCACAUGCAGCAACAGUUGAAGAGUUUAGAGUAGGCUUGAAUUUCAUUUGUGAUCUCCCAUUCUCAAACUGUAGGUGAGAAACUGACUGUUUGAAUUCUGGCCUGAUUCUUUUUACUCAAACGUUUCUCAGGAUUAAAUUUGUAGGUGGAGAGAAAAGGAAAGUGGAAAAGGGCUAACUGCCAUUUUCUGGUUAUCAGCAGAAGCUUCUGUAUAUUUUCUUUUGCAGAAGUAGUGGAAUUCUUCAAAAAGGAAUUUUGGAUGGUGCUUUUGUAUGUUGAUUAUGGACCAAUAUGUGGAGUUUCAAGUCUUGUUUUCACCCAGAUGUUAACCCCAGAAUUCCCCAGCAUAAACAGCAUAAAAGUAGUCCUCCAGAUAAAACUAUUAUGGGCCUUGCAAUUACGGUUGCAUGUUGCAAUGAUCAUUUUCUUAACUACCUGAAUCUCCCUGCCCUCCCUGAGGCAGGUAUUAAUUGAAUGUGCAAGUUGCUAAGCAGAACACUGGCUACCUCAACAUUGGGGAAAACUCUUGGAAGCUAGCCUGCCAAAGUCAUCCCUAGGCUUCCCCACCCUCCAAGAAACCCUGUAUGCUGUUUCCUAACCAUUGUGUCCCCUCAGCCCCUUCACUCCUCCCCAGGGUCCCCCCUAGUCCUUUCUCUUCUCCCCCCCCCAGUGGGGUGGGCUAAUGGAAACCCUUUAACCCUAACCCCAACAUGAGCUGUCAGUGCAAAAGCGGUGUCUGUUGUGGGGGAUAGAGUCGUAGUACCAUAAACGUUAAGGGAAUCAAUAUUAGAAACAUGACAUGGGGGGCACCCUGGCAUUAUAAGAAUGCAGGCAUUACCCAGGAGCUAUGUUUGGGCUCGGCAUGGACACAGACAUAACAGAAUGAGUUGCCACGUGCACACCUUGUCAGGAGUCCAGACCGGCACCACCAUUGCCCCAGCACAUGAAUGGGAGAAACCUAAAGCACAGUCACAGGUGCAUCUUGAUUUUGCAGGGCCGGUACAGGGGCAAACAUUCUUAAUAAUAGUGGACACAUAUUCCAAAUGGUUAUAGAUAGUUAAGAUGCCCACUACGAUGGCCGAAGCAGUUACCAGGGUAUUACAGAGGCUGUUUGCCACACACGGCCUGCCGGACAUUGUAGUUUCCAAUAAUGGGCCCCAAUUCACAGCCAUCCUAUUUGAAACCUUUUUGGCCGAAUAUGUCUGUGUGUGCGCACAUGCUUAAUGAACAGCAUAUUGUCUCAGUCAAUUUGUUUACAUAGUAAUAUUUCUGGGUCUUUUAUCCAGCCAUUGAUAAAACAAGUCCCAAGUUCAAAAAUAUUCUGUCUUCUUUUUUUUUUAAUCUUCAGGGUUAAUCUGUCCAUUUCUGCACAGUCCAAUAUUUUUUUAAUUAUGUCUUCUUCCUUAGUUGUUUCCUCACUUUUUCAAUAUUGUGCAAUUCUUGCUGCUGUUAAAUCAUGCCAUAUCAAAUUAUACAUUCCCUUUAUCAUAUUUUUCUGGUAUUAUGUCUAACAAAAAUGGUACAGGCUUAAAAUCCAUAUUCAUUUUUUCUAACCAAGUAUGCACUUUCGUCCAAAAGUUGUUUGUUUUUGGGCACAUCCACCACAGGUGAUAAUAGGUGCCCAGUUUUUGAUUAUAUUUCCAACAUUUGGUAGACAUAUUUUAAAACAUUUUUGCUAGACUUGCCAGUCGUUGGUACCACCUAUAAAACAAUUUAUACAAGUUUUCUUUAUAAGAGGUUGCCAUCGUCAAUUUAUAGUUUCUUUCCCAAAGUUUUUGCCAGUUAUCUAGUUCUAUAUUAUAUCCAAAUGUUUUUGCCCAUACUAUCAUUGUCUCUUUCACCUAUUCGUCUUCCAUUUUUAGGCUUAAAAAUGUUGCAAUAAAGUGAUUUGCCAGAAUUGCCCAUCACAGUUUUGAUCACUAAAUGAGGACUAUUUGCAUUCAUUCAUCACCACCCUCCAUGCUGCUGCUUCCUGUGAUUGAAUGUGUAGUAGGGAGUGUCUCUGGGUGGUUUCCUGUUAGGGGGGAGGUGCUGUUGCUGGACUAGGAGUGGAGACACCAAAGUUUCAGUCCCUCCUCAGCCAUGAAAGGUCCCCCCCCCCCCUUGGCGUAGUUCUCACUUUUUGCAUGGGAAACUUCUUGCUCUGUUUCUGGGGUGAUGAGUGAAUACUUGGGAGGCCUGAAAAGAAAAGUUAGGGAUAAUCAUCAUGGAGAAAGUCUAUUGAUGUGACUACUGAAGUCAAAAACAACUAACAACUGAUGCGUGUAAUCAAUAAACCGCCCGGUUUGCUUCAGAGUGUGGCAAGGCCGAAUGCCCCUUGGAAAGAAAUAUCCAUGGAUUUUAUUGUAGACCUACCAGUAAGUGAAGGCUGCACCGUCAUUUGGGCGGUAACAGACCUGUUUUCCAAACAAGUGCAUUUCAUCCCCUGUUCUAAAAUCCCUUCAGCUAAAACCCUUGCAAAAUUGUUUAUUCGUCAUGUUUACCGAUUACAUGGGAUUCCAAAACGUAUAAUUUCGGACAGGGGUGUACAAUUUACUUCCCACUUUUGGAAGGAGUUUUUAAAGUUGAUAGGCUCUGCCCAGGGGUUAAGCUCCGCCCACCACCCCCAAACUAAUGGGGCUUGUGAGAGAACCAAUGCCAUGUUAGAACAGUGCUUGAGAUGUUACGUAAAUUACCAGCAAGAUAAUUGGGUGGACCUAUUGCCAUUUGCAGAGGUGGCAUACAAUAACUCCAUACAUAGCAGCACUGGAUUCACUCCGUUUAAGGUAGCGUCUGGUCAGGAGUUUGUGCCAAUCCCUGAGCUACCACAGGAUGACCCACAGAACCCCUCUUUGAUUGAGUGGAUAGAACAGCUACGGGGUACUUGGGCAGUAACUCGAAAAGCUUUAGAUGACACACAUUGAGCACAUAAAACCCAGGUUGACAAAAAAAAUCCAAGUGUACCAAGUGGGUGACAGGGUUUAUCUUUCCACCAAAUAUUUAUAGACUUCCCAGAAAUCAAAAAAGCUUGGACCCAAGUAUGUGGGUCCUUUCUGAAUCACUAGACUCAUAAACCCAGUUGAAUUGGAAUUGCCAAAAAUUCUGAGAUGAAUACACCCUGUAUUUCAUGUCAGCUUGUUGAAACCAGAACACUCGUCCCCUUUGUGUCCGGACCAAGGUUCUCCCCCGAUCCCUAUACUGAUAGAAGGGGAACAACAUUUUGAAGUUAAGAAAAUUCUAGACUCUAGGAAACACCAUGGUAAAGUGCAAUAUCUGGUGGCUUGGAAACAUUUUCCUUUAUCUCAAACUGAAUGAGUGAAUAAACGUGAUGUUCAGGCGCCCAGGAAAGUACAAUUGUUUCAUACAAAAUACCCUGAUAAACCGUAAUUUCUGUGUUGCAUUUUUUUCUCUUCCCUGUUUAGGACUAACAUCUCUUCUGCAGAGGGGCCGAAUGUCAGCCUCCAUUUUGGCUGCUUUGGCUGCCAUAGGAACCGGGAGGGGGGAGAGCUAGGGAGCUUGGGGGGGAAGCGUGCUAGAGGAGGGGCAUGGCUUCGGAAGAAACGAAACUGAAUCCUUGAAGUGGCUAUCGGGUCAACCGUUGUGGCAUUCCUGAUUGAUGAUGCUGCCAGACGUGCUUCCACCUGACCCUGGGAGACCUUUGGAUUGGAUGAUUUACGAUGGAUAGUGGGAGGGGAUGCUUUCUAUAUGCACUUUUCGCGCCUAUUGCUUUAAUUUCAGCUUAGCCGUGGUUGCGUUCACUUCAUUUCUAGUAAAAGUACCUUUCUCUAUAAAA